CACUACUCAUGACUGGGAACCGCCUCUCACACCUGGUCACAGCACACUGAACGUCUCACCGCCCUCUCUCUGCAGCAGAAACAGCUAUCUGCCUGACUCCAGGGGUUCACUGCAGCAAUCUUCAAAACUGAUUCUUCUUAGAAAGAUAUGAAGAUACUGGGCCCGUUAGUUUUCUUGCUUAUGCUCGGGGGACUCCGGUGUCAGAAUAACCGUAAUGCUAAAGCUAGUGGCAAGUCCACAAAGAAGUCUAGUGGGAUCCAACAGGUUGAUGCUGGCCAGUCUCCCCCUGUGGCUGAUGUUACUCCAGGAAGCACCGGAAGAACAGGAAGCACCAGAAACACUGAAGGCACAGCCGAAUCAAGAGAGGAAGGUGCUGCAGGGGCUCGUGCAUCUGGACAACAGACAGAUGAUAUGAGGCUGCAAUUCCUCACAAACACUCAGGUUACAUGUAAUGAUGGGACAGCAGCUGGGUUUUACCUGAAAGAGUUCAGAGGAAGCCGCCGAUGGUUGUUAUUUCUGGAAGGUGGCUGGUGCUGCUACAGCAGAGAGACCUGUGAUUACAGGUACCAAAAUAUCCCCCGACUGAUGAGCUCAUCGGGGUGGCCUGAAACUAAAAGAGGAAGUGGAAUAUUAUCUUCUCAAGCUGAGGAAAACCCACACUGGCAUAAUGCAAACAUUGUAUUCAUCCCUUACUGUUCCAGUGAUGUGUGGAGCGGCACUGGGCCUGCACCACCACCCCCUCCCAGGCCGCGACAAGGCAGGGACAAAGUCAGAGAUAGAAAUACAAAUGCAACUGAAUAUACCUUCAUGGGAUCCCUAAUCAUCCGUGAGGUCAUCAAAGAUCUCAUCCCUAAAGGAAUCAAGCAGGCCAAGGUUGUCAUGCUGUCUGGCACAAGCGCUGGUGGAACGGGUGUUUUACUCAACAUUGAGAAGGUGGCCAAUCAGCUCCAGCAGCUUGGUGCAGAGACUCAGGUCCGAGGCCUCGUGGACUCAGGCUGGUUUCUGGAGAGCAAGCAGCAGAGAUCACCAAACUGUCCAGAGACAGUUUCCUGCUCACCUGAAGACGCGAUCAAGUUUGGGCUCAGGCUGUGGAAUGGCGGUGUUCCUGACAGAUGUCGGCAGCUCUUUAAGAGGGGGGAGGAGUGGAAGUGCUUCUUUGGUCACAGACUAUACUCUACCUUGACCUCCCCUGUGUUUAUUGUGCAGUGGCUGUUUGAUGAGGAACAGCUGAGGGUGGAGAACAUCUAUAUAGGAGGACAGAGCAUGUCUGAGGAGCAGUGGCAGUACAUACGAAACCUGGGCUUGGAGCUCAAAAACUCACUGAGAGAUGUUACGGCUGUAUUUGCUCCAUCCUGCCUCUCCCACACACUAAUUACCAAAAGUAACUGGACAAAUUUUCAAGUUAGAGGCACCUCUCUGCCACGGGCCCUUCAAUGCUGGGACAGGAGUCUCGAAGCGAUACGUAACAACAGGACCCCUGCUAAAGGCUGUCCUUUCCACCUUGUGGAUACCUGUCAGUGGCCACAGUGUAACCCCACCUGCCCAGCUUUGGUGGAUAAAACCACCCAGCAGGAGCUUACCUUGCUCCAGAUGCUGGUAGCCAUGGGUCUGGACCUCCAGAGGCUGGGCCUGGAUCCCCAGGGAGACGCAGAUUCUCUGGCCAGCAUGGUCAGGAAUGGAGGUUAA